AACUACUCUUACUAAGGGCAACGUCAUACAUUUCUUUCGACUAAGAACAGUAUCGAGCACUAUCGAGAACAAUGUGUUGUAACGGGCGAAGAUGGCACCAAAACGAUGUGACAAAGAGAUCUCGUUGUUCGCGGAUUUCAGUCAAAAUCAGCCAAAUUGUACACACAUCUCGAGUGUUCGGUCACACCUCUUUCGAUUCCUCAAAUUUCUCGUGUUCACGAAUGGCCUUCUAAGUUUCUGCGAAUACUUGAGAUGCUGCUUCGACGGCAAUCUAGUCGUGAUGGGUUGGCAUCAACUUUGGUUUUUACUUACGUACCGUUAUCAGAUACAAUACUCACCUAGUUUUGGAAUUACAUCUAACUUUAGCACCCACGCAUAAUCAGUUCUAAUACCCAGACAACAUAAGAAAAUAAUUUAGUCAACAUGAGUAUCGAUAUUCGAGAUUUGUCAAAGGACGGCGUUAGUCAGCUUAUGAGGUUUCUCUACCGACGACCCGAGUAUGGCAUCGCCCGUCCUUCGCAAAGAUGGCACGUCCGGCAAGAAGAGAAGAUGGAGCAAUUACCUAGCGAGAUUCUCCGCACAUCAAAUCUGUUGAAGCGCCUGGUCAUCAGAAUCGUUGAUAAGAUCAAUCCAGAUAUGAUUGACCCAAGGGCCGUCCUAUGCAAAACUCACACACCACUUAACCCAUUCCUAAUUCGCCAUAUUUUCCUAGCCGUUGCCUACGAGGUAACGGUACAUACGGACUUGUACCAUUCGUGGAAGAAUAUAACAGAAUACCCUUCACUAGCAGCCUUCCUCGCACGAGUAGAUUCUAUCGCCGCUUUGUGGACCGAGAAAGAAUUCUUUGAGGAGUGCUACGGAACGCCUCCCUUCGAGCACCACCACAUCUUCGUUCAGUCUAGAUGUGAGGCUUGCAUUCUCGGUGCGAUCGGUGGGAACGCCCGUGCCCUUGCGGACCUACGAGCUGUUAUUACCGACCGCAUGGAGCGACUUGAACAUAUCCGCAAGGGCCGCACCCCCGCGAAGCCUAGAUUCUCCCGCUUCCUCGAGAAAUGGAUUGACCAUCUUGGGGACGAUAGGGCAACGAAGUGUAGAGAUAUGGGCGCGAACGUACUCUUCGCACUCAGGGCUACACGACCUGAGCUCUUGAAGUGGCGAGAACAGCGGAAGAAAGAUAGGAAGACGAAUGGACCGACAGUGUAUAGGGAGCUGAAAAACACACCUUUGGGCUCCCAGUUGAGCCGAGUUCCAGAGGAAUAUCGAGCUGACAGGAGGUCAAAGCAUGGUAUCCCGGUGGCUGUGACUAACCUUGACGGCGCAGCGGAGCAAAGAAGGGGUGCUAGUAACUACGUCCCUCCUCUGUCGGAGGUCAGUGUGUUCAGGCCUGACAGUAUGUGUGCUUUCUCACAAGUUUAUGCUAGAGCUGCUGCUUAUGGUGAUCCAGAUGAUCCCGCUCUAGGUAUCGACCCGUACAACGAUGACGAGGAGGAGUUCGAGGGGUAUGCAGAGGGUGAGGUUGACCCUGAAAAGAUACUCGAGUACGAGGAAAUCAGCCGUCGUAAGGUGGCUGAUUGGUACGCCUCGCAACUUAAAUCCCGGGUUGACUUGUCAUUUGACGAUACUAAAUCGAUCAUGACGGGGAUUCACCCGGCCUUCCAGCCCGCUGCUAGCCAAGCGUCGUUUCGCCGGGACCCGCUUAAAUUCAAGAAAGAUCGGUACCCUGCUCCACCGAAGUCUAUGGCUGAUAGCGUAUGGACGGAUGCUACGGUGUAUACUAUAGAUCCGUCUUCCUCCACCACCGACUUUCGCCCGGAUCUAGGCCGCGAUGGUAUCCCGGCCGUCCCUCGCGUUCCCCCAAUGUACCGAGAGAGUAGCGCGCGACACAGCCGUCGACACAGCAUAAACGCAAACGACGAGCGCCCGAGCUCACACCGACCCUCCGCAUCUCGCACAAACACGGAAAUCCCGCAUCCGCGCCCAAAAUCUAUGGCCCCAUCUACUAGUCUCCCCACCCGUCCCCCUAUAGUACACCCCCCUAAACUCCAAGUUCCGACUCCGAACUCGAAACCUAAUCCCAGGAAUUUCAUGUUCGCGGAUUCGGAUGCAGGGUCUACGGCUGCGUUGUCUAUGCAUGAGAAGCGCUGGAUUAGAGAUCGUAAGGGCAUGAAGGAUGUGCCGAGGACGGAGAACCCGUUUGUUACGCGGGUGAGGGAGAGGGAGAGGGAGUCGGGGUCUUCGGGGACUAGGACUAGUGGGAGUAGGGGCAGUAGGUCGAGUAAAUCGAGUCGCUCGACGGAGAUUACGUUGCCGGAUGAGGAGCUUACUCCCGAUGACUCGUUUAGUAGUGCGGGUGGGUAUGGGGGUGCGAGGGGGGAUUGGAGGAGGUAGGGGGUGGGAUAUAAAAGAAAAUAAGGAAAAUAGGAAAAAAUAAAUACUAUGUGGAGUUAGGGGAUGCGGCUUAGCAUCUUAUUCUUGGAUAUAUGGGAAAGGACGGGACGGGAAGUUAGUAGCGGUUAUAUUAUUUAAUCCUGAUUAUGAUACUUGCACAUGAAUAUACACGGAUAUGCUUGCGA